AUGCUCGCUGCAGAAGCAGCCCAGCGGCUAACUUCUCAGUACUGCAUGAGCCUUGAGGCACUCCACUUCGUGCCAGAGGCACGGUGGCGGAUUUGUGGCACCAAUAUGGGCAGUAGGACAACCAAGACUGUCACAAAAAGUCCCUUCGCGGCCCCUCGGCUCCGGGGGCCCCCCCAGUACGCGGCCCGCAAGAGUGGGCCGCUGCUCCCGUGGCCGUUGGAGCCGCGAGAUCCGCUGGACGGGUCGGAGGGGCGCUGGGAGCGGCGGUCCUCGCGGGCGAAGGUUUCGCCGACGUGGCCCUCUGCGGCAUGGCUGGCACGGGCCCUCGUCCAGUGCGCUCCGGCCAGGGUGUCGAUGCAGCCGCCGAUGGGGCAGCAGAGCUUCGGGGUGGGCACACCAGCUUGCAAUCAAGUUGUUGGAGUUGGGAUGCCUGGUGGCGAUUUCGGACUGGGGUCACAAGCUCAAGGAUUUGGCUACUAG